UUGACACUAAAAAAUACCACAUCCGCAGAGGCGCCAAAAUUUAUCGGAUAAUAAGAACAAAAGAAGCGCCGCAAAUAAGUGAAACAAACACAAAUAAAGAACAAAUAGCGUAAAAUCUGGAUAUAUGGCGAAAAUAUACUUCCCUGACCAGCAAGGGUAUUUUAGGCCAUAAAACACAAACUGUCGGCGGCGAAGUGAAUGAAAUGCUUUGGAAAUGGAAAAUUAUGGAAAUGAAUUGGUUGACAGAAGGAUUCGAGGAAGAGAAGCUGCCCAAAAAUGCAAAUGAAUGGGGCACCAUGGACCCCUGCCCGAGGUCCCGCUGAGCUGCCAACUUGUCAACCCACCCGGCGAUUGUCUUUCUUCAGAUGGGAGAUGAGAUGUUCAUGAAGCACGAUUCGUGAACCAAAGAUUUCGUGAGGGCUGUCUAAAAUAUUACAAGGUGCUCUGCCUAUCGUUUAAAUUGAUGCCGUGCGCUUUUCUUGUGUAAUCAAGAUAAAGCUACAGCAGUGGAGCCUCAGUGUAUCGUGAGUAAUGGAGAUCAGAUUAUUAAAUGAACCUUGGAACUUGCAACUUGCACUGCUAAAAACUCCACCAUUCGCUAAAAAGUUAUUUCUAAGAAUAAUAUGGAAUAUGGCGCGAUUGUGAAUGAAUCAGAACUAUAUAUUUUUGGGACCCCGAAACGGAACGUUAUUAUUAUAUGUCCUGGAACUCGAGCGACUGGAACAAAAUCAGCAUGGGAGCAGUCGAAAGUCGGCAGCUGAAUCCCGCCGAACUGGUUGACCACCAGCAGGCCACGGGCCUGUCCGCCGAGCAGUUGUACCAGCUGCACACGCGGUUCCGCAGUCUGGACCGCCACCAGCGCGGCUACUUGACGCCCACCGACCUGCUGCGCAUCCCGCAGCUCUUACUCAAUCCGCUGCACCGCCAGAUCGUCGAUGGCUUCUUCCCCAGUCGCGGACUGGCCGGCGCUCGCCUCGAAUUCGACCAGUUCGUGGAGACCUGCGCCAUCAUCCUGGUGCCGCAGUUUCCCUGCGGCUACCACUCCCACUCCGACUCGUUCAUACGCCGCAACGGGCGCGUCCAGAAGCUGCGCCUCCUCUCCCAGAUAUUCGACACGCGACGCACCGGCCACAUCACGCGCGACGACUUCCGCCACAUCAUGCGCCGUCUAAUCGAUCCGCUCUGGAAUCAGCCGGAUCAGCAGGACCCUAAGUGCCCCGAAGUGGAGGUCGAACUGCAGCUACUGGAACAACAGGCCUUCGGGCUCAACGACUGCGACCAGAUUUCGUAUGCAGAGUUUGAGCAGCGUCUUUGCAGCGCCGACAUCGACGGUCGGCUGUCGAUCGCUAAGUGGCUGGAGGACAUCGACGUCGACGAUGAGGAUGACGAUGACGAUGACGAGGACAAGGGCAGGAUGGGGCUGCCGGCGGAGGUCACAGGCACCCACACCUAGAAGGAGAAGGCAAAGCCCCUUCCCUCAUU